UCCAAUUCUUUCUCGGACCAAUCACAGACGCGUGUCGUCAAAACACUUCCGGUUUGCUAUGAAACUUGCCUUUCCACCGGAGCGGCUGGUGUGUGCAGAUAUCAGCAGAGUGAAAACCACGUAGACCGUAGGCUAAAAAGAUUUAAAGAUGCCCCCCAAAAAGCCAGAAGCCCCGAAACAGCCCCCACUGAUUGGACGAUUUGGAACCUCUCUGAAGAUUGGAAUUGUGGGAUUACCUAAUGUUGGGAAAUCCACCUUUUUCAACGUGCUGACCAAAAGCCAAGCUUCUGCGGAGAACUUUCCCUUCUGCACGAUUGACCCAAAUGAGAGCAGGGUACCUGUCCCAGAUGAGCGCUUUGAUUAUCUGUGCCAGUACCACAAACCAGCCAGUAAGGUUCCAGCCUUUCUUAAUGUUGUGGACAUUGCUGGUCUGGUGAAGGGAGCUCACUCGGGACAGGGACUUGGAAAUGCCUUUCUCUCCCACAUCAGUGCCUGUGAUGGCAUCUUCCACAUGACCCGUGCAUUUGAUGACGAGGAUAUUAUCCACGUGGAGGGUAACGUUGACCCGGUGAGGGACAUAGAGAUCAUCCACGAGGAGUUACGACUAAAGGACGAGGAAAUGGUCGCUCCAAUCAUUGACAAACUGGAGAAAACUGCCAUCAGAGGAGGAGACAAAAAACUCAAGCCUGAAUAUGACAUCAUGGUGAAGAUAAAGAACUGGAUAGUGGAAGAGAAGAAACAUGUCAGAUUUUACCAUGACUGGAACGACAAAGAGAUUGAAGUGUUGAACAAAUACCUGUUUUUGACGUCCAAGCCAAUGAUCUACCUGGUAAAUCUCUCAGAGAAAGAUUACAUCCGAAAAAAGAACAAGUGGCUGGUGAAAAUCAAGGAGUGGGUAGAUGCUCAUGACCCUGGUGCUCUGGUGAUUCCCGUGAGUGGAGCAUUGGAGUCCAAACUGCUGGACAUGGAGGAGGAGGAGAAGAAGAAGUACUGCGAGGAACAGAAGACGCAGAGUGUUCUGACCAAAAUAAUAAAGACCGGCUAUGCAGCACUACAGCUGGAAUACUUCUUCACGGCGGGACCAGAUGAGGUGCGAGCGUGGACCAUCAGGAAAGGUUCCAAGGCCCCUCAAGCUGCAGGAAAGAUCCACACUGACUUUGAGAAAGGCUUUAUCAUGGCUGAGGUUAUGAAGUACACAGACUUCAAAGAGGAGGGCAGUGAAAGUGCCGUGAAGGCUGCUGGGAAAUACAGGCAGCAGGGCAGGAACUACACUGUGGAGGACGGAGACAUUAUCUUUUUCAAAUUCAACACACCCAAUGCACCUAAAAAGAAACCAUGAGACCACACAGUCACCAGAGCAAUAACUCACAAUACAGUUUAGCUGGGCUGCAGAGAGCUACACCGUCUGCUGGUUUUCAUACUUCUCUCUUGAAUUCAGAGGAUCAAGCUGCCUCUCGGGUCUGGAACACAAUCCAUUUAAGUCAUUCUAUAUAAGAGUUUCUGUACAAGAAUAGCCUACCUGUAAUAUUUGGAGGAAAUUUUCAUCUGCUCCACCGUACCAGUCAAACAUUUUUGAACACUACAUUGUAGCUUUCGUGGUCUCAAGGAUAAGCAGGUAUAACUGAACUGAGAAAUACAUCAUUUCUCAGGAGAUGGCCUGAUGAGAAACUAACGGAACACAAACUGCAUAUUGUUUUCUAUUUCAUGCUGACACUGUCCAUGCGUUUUUUGGUUUUUUUUUGGUACGCAUCAGACUUUUUUUGUCAGCUUGCCUUUGCCUUGUCAUUGACUAUUACCAUCGCGAUGACUGCCUGAUUAAUGGACAGGCCUGUUCAAUCUGUAAAGCAGUGUUUUUUGUAAAUUAGGUCUCUUUUUUUGCUCAGUUCCUUUAUGCUUUUUUUUCUCUAUUUAAACUUUAAUAUAUUUUAUGCUUAUCCUUAUGCUAAUACUUGAGACUCCUUGUUACAGUAUGCAGUGUUUCUCAAAGUUUGACUGGCGGUGUGUUCACUGUUAAGAGAAAAUGAAAGCCAUCACUGUGUGUUACACUUAAGGCCAGUGCUGUGCUGUAUUCUGAGGGAGUGGUGAUAAUGUUUUAGAAAGCACCUAAAUGGAGAAUGUUAUUCACACUGCUUUUAUUGACUUAGUUUGGGCUGGUAAACUGAAAACAAAAAAAAUAAACAAAAAAACCCUGACUUUUCACAUUGUGGACUGUGCCCUGCAUACCGAGACAGUGCUCUGUGGAUCAUCUGGACUGUACAGCUUGUUUCACCUUUCCUUGCUGCCUCCACAUUGUAAAUGUCUAUAUUUUCAAGAGUACAUAGCAAAUCCAUUCACUAAACACCUAAUUUGCCAAAUUGUGGAUUAAUAUGGGAAUCCUGUAAAACUGAGGGAGCUGGGAUACAAUGAACGUCAUCCUCAUCAAUACGCAUGUACGUGUCAAUAAAAAGAGACAAACCUGUCA